AUUCCCCUGAAAAUGCCACAAUUUCUCGGCACCUCCUAUAUCCGCUAUUCCGGUCUUGAGGCAACUUCCGGCCUGUACACCUCAAUCCGCCUAACCUUUCGGCCCAACUCAGUCGGGUCAGAAAUCAAACAGACUGACACAUUGCAGCCCCAAAGGCAGGUUCAAGGCCUCCUGCUCUACCAAGGCUUCUCCUCGAAGCACCAGUCGGCUUUCCUUGUUAUCUGUCUCCAUCAAGGAAACGUCGUUGUUUCCUAUGAUCUGGGAAGUGGACCGGCGACCUUAAGGCCCCACAAUAUCAUUGAAUUCCAUUUAACAUUGCCUUAA